UGUUCAGUUGCAAGUUCUACACUCCCUGUACCUUUAGAUUGCAGCAGUUUCUUGUUGGGGAAAUGAUUUCAGGUUCGUUUGGUCCUUGCUUGUGGGGAAAAAGGUUACUGCCAUGUUCUAUGAGUAUUUCUUUCCAAAGCUUCAUUGCUCACAUGGGCAGUCCCCAUCAAUGUAUUUAUUUAUAUUCAAAUAUUUAUAAAUGACAUUUUCAUAUAAAAUAUAGCAAGCACAGCAGAAUACUAGGGGAAAAAAACACAUGAUAAGAAAACUGCCUGGUAAAUAAUCUAUCAUCUGUCUAUCUGUCUAUCUGUCUAUCUGUCUAUCUGUCUGUCUAUCUGUCUAUCUACCUAUCUUAUUAGCCAGCUCUAACAAGAAAGAACAUUUUUUAAAAAGCUGAACUUCUGUAUUGCAUGUCCCAUUGAGGGAACAUUGUAGAACAUAAAAAGAAACCUUCUUUAUAAAAGCUACUGAACACAAAACACAGUAGCCAUCAGAGUUGUUUUGUCCACAGAAAGUCUACACAAAGUCUUUCAUUUAUACAACAAAACUUGUCCCCUUCACACCUUUUCUAACACACCCUACAAAUCUGUUUUGGGGGCUUUGCUAACCCUCCAACCCAGAUUUGGGGAGGGCACAGGAAAAGGGGGGGCAGUUGUGUUACACAAAUGAAAGUCCUUGCGGCAUGAUAACAGAAUGGCUUUGCAGAAUACCACUCAAAGGAAAAAUGUACCAAAGGAAUGAAAUAAAAGAAAUCCCCCUCUUUCACUUUAGGACUCAUUCCUCCCCACUUAUAAAGAAAAGAAAAAUAGCAUGGUGGCCACUCUAGGAUUUGCUGACACAGUUCGGCUCAUUGUUCUGUUGUACUCUAUUUUCUACAGAACUUUUGCACAAGAGGAGGGUAAGUAUAUAUUUUCAAGUUGAUUAGCAGGUUAUAUUGCAGAUAUUAAUAUUGCAGAGAUCGAAGUGGCUGGGUGCAUAAGAACUAACUACUUUUGGAAAUAAACAUUGUCCAAUCCCGUAAAAAUAUUAUUCAAAGCUUACUUGCAGAAAUUUUUCGAAAAUAGAACAAAAUACAUCAAAUGAUACAUCCAAAACAUUCGUGCAAUGUCUUGUGCUGUCUAGCACAGGCUCAGCAACUUAGAAAUGAAAGAUAGUUCCAAAAAUCCAAACUGGGUCUCUGUUCCACAUUCCAGCCCCCAGUGACCUUAGCCUAUGGAUGAGUUGGUGAGCCAUCUACAUCCUUUUGUUCUUUGUGGCAUUCAGAGAAAGGCUAAAAGCCACCAUUCUUUCAAGAUGGCGAAUUUGCAACUCAGUAACUUCAUCACAUGCUCAAAGGUUACAUUCAGAGUAACAGGAUACAUUAGAGAAACAGAAAACACUCAACGGGUAAUCAUUGACCCAUUUAGGAGCUUAGAGUACCUUAGAAAACUGUGGGAAAAAAUCCAUGUUAGAGAUACACAUUUAUCCAUUUUCCAUGUUAAACUAUCAUUAAUACACAGGCAUUUCCUCAUUUCUGUGUAAAUAAAACCAAUUACUGCAUACUUAAUAGAUGAUGCCAGCAUACAGGUAUAUGAGUCAUUCAUUCCUAUACCACCAUGUUUGAGUCCAUCUAAGUCAUUCUAGGCAAUCAUAUCAUACCUACAGAAGUACAGAACUGCUGCCAGGGUAUGCAUAACUCUGGUGACAAGGGGUGUGAUAUGGGAUUAGCACUCCGACCUCAUAUUGAUUGAAUUUAGAACACCCUAGGGUGAACACUGGCAAUGGAACUUGUAGUGACCUUAAAAAGGAAACACUUUCAUAGAAUCAUAGAAAUGUAGGGUUGGAAGGGACACCAAGGGUCGUCUAGUACAGCCCCCCUGCAAUGCAGGAAUCAGAGCUGAAGAAUCCCAGACAGAUGGUCAUUCCAUCUCUGGUUAAAAGUCUCCAGUGAAAAAGAGUCCACCACAUUCCAAGGUAAUCCAUUCUAUGGUCCAACAGCUCUUGCCAUCAAAAAGUUCUUCUUCAUGUUUAGUCUAACCUCAUUCAAACUUAUAUGAUGAGCACAUUAACUUAAGGUUACCAGAUUUUUUUCAAUGAAUCUGGGGACACUUUUCAACUUCAAUGGAUUUUGUAUGGGGACUGAUUUGCAAAUCCUGGGACUGUCCUCGGGAAAUGGGGAUGUCUGGUAACCUUACAUUAACUCUUCUCAGAAGAACCCAUGCAGGCAGCGGCGGAGCAAGCCGAUCAGGUGCCUGGGGCAGCGUGUGUGCCCUGUGCCCAGGGGCGGGGCCAGCCGGGGCAGGACGCUCCGCGGGGCCUCCAAGGAGUCUGCCUGCCUCCUCCCACUCAGCUGCCCUACAGUUGAGGGGGAGGCGGUGGGCAGACCGUUUGGGGCAGAGCGGAGCCUGCGGGUGUCCCAGGAGAGACGUGUGGCUUGGGCGCGCUGUAGGCCCUGCAGUGAAUGCCACCCAGCAUUUUGUCACCCCCCUCAGUGGGGACACCUGGGCAGAUCGCACCUACCCACACACCCCUUCCUUCACCCCUGCAUGCAGCUACUCAGACUCAGAACCAAACUCAUAAACAUGGAUGACACAUAUAUGAGGUGAUGAUAAAAGUACUCUGAGCACUUCAAUGUAUGUUACUAAACAUGAUCUUUCCUAAUUUUUUUCCCCAGGACCGGAAGGGACAUCAGCUGAAAAUUUAUCCUGUGUCAUUUACACUGUUCAUGUUACCUCAAUGGAUUGCACUUGGGAAGUGGGCAGGAAUGCUCCUAAUGACGUCCAGUAUUUUCUAAACUUGAUAUAUUUGUAAUUCAUUUUCAUUUGUUAAAUGGGGGUGGGGAAGGGAAUGGUUAGAGUAUGCUACUCCUGGUUGGGUUUUUAACAAAAUAUUUUUGCAUGCAGCGAAAACGAUGGAGAAAGCAUUGAAUGUCCCCAAUACAAAAAUAAUGAACUUGGAAGACAUGUUGGGUGCCAUUUUCCUAAUAUGAAAGUUCCUGAGAAUCAUAUUACCCUCCAGGUGACUGGCUCAAGCAAAGAAUCACCAAUUCAGACACUGGAUCACCAAGCCUGGCCUUUCGAUUAUGGUGAGAGAGGGUGGAGUAUAUUGGUUUACUUUUUUUUGCCAGCAGUACUAGAAAUCUUUAUAUAGCUAUAAAUCUGGGAUGGGAACAUGUGGCCUCAAUAUUAGAUUCUGACUCCCAUUGCCACUGAUCACAGGUUAGGUUGGCUGGGGCUGCUGGGAGUCCAGCCACAUCUGGAUAGUCAGAUGUCGUGCAACCCUGCAAUAGGCCUUUAAUUUAAAAUGCUUGUAAAAUUAUCAUUAAACAACCUCAAAAACAUAUCUGACUGCUUCUACAUCACAGCUUUUCAGUGGCAGAUACACCCACCCACACCCUGUACCCUUGCAUGACCUCACACCAUAACAUUCCUGGCUAUCAACCUGGCCACACUCACCCAUAGCAUAUGUGAAUAUGAAAUAUUUAAGAGAGGGAUGAAAGACUCACCACUCUAAUGCCCUUGUAAUCUCACACCUCUCCUACUGUCAAGUAAAAGAUGGGUUAUUUCAUUCCAGAAAAACUUGCCCCACCGCAAUGUAUCACUGUGAAUUGUCGUGAACUGCUGUUGUAUUGUAAAGUAGAAUGGAAACCCCCUCCAACUGCUACUACAAAUGCAGAUUACUGUUUUAAGUACCAGAUAAAGGUAAGAGGCCAUUGUGGUUCUCUUUGUUGAAUUGUUUUUGGUCAUCUUUGCUUGUCCUAUGUGCAUAUCUCCCCCCCAAAGGGGGGGACGGACCAUUUCACAUUUUGAAAUAUGUCCAGCUUUCAAAUGUACAUAGAAUUCAGUUUUAGAACCAUCCAUAUCUGCUGGAAUCAAUGACAAUUCUUGAAAUAAACAGAAUGAGAUUCAGAUUUGUUCAACUUCCACGUUAGAAAGGCUAUGACAAAACGUGGGUGGAUAGAAGCAACUUGCAAUGAUUCACAGGAUGAGGAAAGUUCUAUAGAGAGCCGAAGAGGGGAAAGGUGUUGCAGAGGACCCAGUACUGCUACUCUGGGAUUGGUGAGGCACAUGAGGAAUCAACAAGAUGGAUGGGCUGAGAAAAGGGUCCAUCUGGCCCAGGACCUGCAGUGUAGAAUUACCAUCAGCAAAAUGCCCCAAGCCAAUCCUGUUUGUCAUGUCAAACAGUGGAGCAAAGAAAAGAUUGGGAGGAAAGUUAAACCACCUACCAACAAGUAAGUCACAGACACAUGUAAUCAAUUGCUGUUGACAACUUUUGCCUUCCUUGCUGAUUAAAGUACCCAGCUGAAUUUGUGAAAUCAAGCAUAAUUUGAAAAUAGCACAAAGAAAAUUUGACACCAGUACCAACUAAAAAUGUUACCCUUUUCCCUUAAGGAUGAACUGAGAAAUGGAAUUAUAACAGUAAGUAUUGUUAUUUUCUAUAAACACUUACACAUGGGGGAAUGAAUUUAGGAAUGAGACAGCCACGUGUAGGCUGCCAAGGGUUACAUAUUGGAAGAAAAAUGGGGUAUAAAUGGGCGGUAUAGUAAAAUUUGAUCACAACAUUCUGAAAUAGGGCCAGUCUAGAAGUUCUAUCUAGGUGUCUCCCUGUUUGUUUUGUUUUGUUUAAUCUACUUUGCUUUUUGAUGUCUUCUAAUCUGGGUUAAAGGGACACGGGUGGCGCUGUGGGUUAAACCACAGAGCCUAGGACUUGCCAAUCAGAAGGUCGGCGGUUCAAAUCCCCAUGACAGGGUGAGCUCCCGUUGCUCAGUCCCUGCUCCUGCCAACCUAGCAGUUCAAAAGCACGUCAAAGUGCAAGUAGAUAAAUAGGUACCACUCCGGUGGGAAGGUAAACGGCAUUUCCAUGUGCUGCUCUGGUUCGCCAGAAGCGGCUUAGUCAUGCUGGCCACAUGACCCGGAAGCUGUACGCCGGCUCCCUCGGCCAAUAAACGAGAUGAGCACCGCAACUCCAGAGUCGGUCACGACUGCACCUAGUGGUAUGGGGUCCCUUUACCUUUACCUAAUCUGGGUUAAUGAUAGAUGGCUGGUGAAAGAGGCAGAGAAGGGAAAAUCUUCCAGGGUGGGAGACUGGGAACAUAUAGAGGGAAUCUCCCAGGUAAGAGCUGGGAGGGUCCACCCCCUUCUGUGUGAGACAAAGGUUAAGAUAUGCUUUUGAGAGAGGCCUUUGUAUCCUCCACCCAUUUCUAUUUCUAUUAUUUCUAUUUCUUUUUCUAUUUCUAUUAUUACUAUUUCUAUUUCUAUUACUUCUAUUUCUAUUUCUAUUAUUUCUAUUUCUAUUUCUAUUUCAUUUCCCUUUUUUCUUUUUAUUCAGAUUAGUUUGCUUUUUAAUGUAUGGUAUAAUGAAACAGUUCAAUAAAAAUUUCAUGGCAAAUCCCCUCCCCGCAAGAAGGCUUUGGAGAAUCACAGAAGUAAGGAUGUGGACCAUAGUUUGAAUUGGCUAUGCAUACUCAAGUAAAUCUAGGAAGGACCACAGUUCUCCUCUCCCUUGCCCCUAAGACAAUCAUAUUGUGACUUUUCGACUUCUAAUCUCUUAACAGUAGUUGUAAAACUGAAGAAUUAUUAAUAUCCUGCCCCUGAGCAUAUUUACUUAAAAGGCAGCUAUAGUGAUUUUCCAAGGGGAAAGUAUUUUCCUAGUGAGUGAAUUAAGGAAGCAGCUUGUUGAAUGCUUUUGCACAAGAGAAAUAGCCGUCUUUACAUUACACAGUGGAAUUGGGUGGGCACCACUAAUUCUAUUUUAAAAAAUCAAAUUGUUGAAUGUCACUUCACCUACAAAGGAAUAAAUCAGAUCAAUAUCCUGCUUUUAGAAAAAAACGGGGGAAACCUACCACUUGUUUCUAAAGGAUAAAGAAUACAUCUUGAAGCUUCGUGCAGCUGGACAGUAUUGCACUGUUGGAGAAGAAUGGAGUGACUGGAGUGAACUAAUUAAGUUUGGUAACGUUACAGAUUUUUUCUCUCCAAGUACUUCUUCCUUUGGCCUGAUCUCUAUUAUUCUGCCUAAGUGGCUAACUCAGGUUUGAGAAGUGCCUCUAUCAGUCUGGGAAACAAGGCAAUCAAAAAUGGUUUUUUGCACAUUAAACAACAUCCUUGGUAUUCAGAAAUAUAUACGGUUUGUGGUUUGUUUGUUUUUUAAAAAAUCAUUGUUUAAUAAACAAAAACAGCUUAUUCUUCCAGCUUCCAAGACUUAUGGAAACCUGUGUCAGGCAUCAGGGAAUCCGAUCCCCCCAUGGUAGGCUGCCAGGAAUAGAUAGGCAAGGAAAGUUCUUACCAAUGUCUUUUAUUCAAUAUUCACAGAGAGAGGCUUAGAAAUGCAGCCUAUUGGCGUAAUGACGUUGCUCCGAGUAAUCUCCACCCCCCCUUCUCUCCUCAAUCAUCAUCAGCAGCACCCACCCUACGGUGGCUGCUUAGGGCCAUUUGCCUCCAAGCCCUUUGCUCUCCUACUUUCAAUGUUCACCAGCUUCUGGGGAAGCAGUGUCUGGAAUGCUUUCUAGUAAUAAUGUGUCAGCCAGCUGUUCUGGCUCUGCCUCCUCCUCCUCCUCCUCCUCCUCCUUCUCCUCCUCCUCCUCGUCCUCUUCCAUUAUUUCCCAACUUUGCCCCUCAUCUGCUUUUGAGCUGUUACCUUCCGCAAACCACUGCUGUAAAUCUAUACUGUCUUCCUCUUCUCUGGAAGGUUCAGGAGGAGGGAGAGGCAGUCUCCACCAUUCCUCCUCUUUCCAGUUCCUGACAACUUGAUGCCAGUUGAGUCUACUUACUUAUUAUAUAUUUAUUUCAUGGAAAAUGUACACUGCUUGCUUGUAAAUAAAACCUGAAAGCAGUUCACACACACACACACACACACACACACACACACACACAAAUAUUUAUUAAAUUUCGAUACCACCCUUCACUCAAGGGUCACCGGGUGAUAUAAAAAUAUAAAAUAUAUAAACAUAAAAAUAUGUAACAUAGUAACAAAGACAGUUUAAAAGGCUAUAGAUUGUUUAACUAGUCAAAGGAAUUUAGUUUGGUCACACAAAAUCCGCUCCCAGUUAGUCAAAGCUUUCUUUAUCUGAGCAGUGUAAUUUUGAACCAGAGGGUGAGUCAUUUUGUUGAUCCUACUGUUUGGAGUCAUAAAAUUUCAAAUGGACAGUCCCCUUUAACUCCAAUGGGAUUAUUCUAGGGUACAAAGUUUAGAGCUUUCACUUUCCAAUAGGUGAAGGCUGCAACCCUUACUUUACUUAUAUGAGAGCAUUCCCCCUAUUUUGUAACAGAACUUGAUGUUUUGUAACAAUUGUUAUUGGAUUUUCAGGAUGCAGAAAGAAACCAGGAAAGAAUACAUACACCUGUGAAGAAGGUUAAAAACUCAAAAACAAUGCUAAAAGAUGGAUCACAUCAACAAAAUAUUUACCAUAGUCAUUCAAAGUCAAGAGUUUAAAACUUCUAUGGAAACCUGAGACCUGAAGAUAUAGGGUGGCAUACAAAUUUAUUAAUAAUAAAUCACUGAGAUUUCUUGCUGCAAGUGGUGUUCAUUAACUUAUGUCAGAGUUCCAUCGUGAAAUGUAUCAGGUUUAACAGUAUGCCAUAGAGCUCGCAAGUAAAUUUGUGAUUCUUUCAGAAAUAUAUUUCAUAUAUUUUUGUACCAUAAUGGAAGAUCUGUAUCUUAUAAAGUUUUCAGUUACUGUACAAUGGAUAACCAAGCA